AUGCAGAGAGGAAAUAUCAGCAUUAGCGUCCCAAUGCUUGAGAAACCAGAAUAUCAGAAGGGAGGGAAGAUGAAAAAGAAGGAAAACGAGCUGCAUACCGUUAAUUAUAGCGGCAAUCCCACUUAUGGGUCUCCCAUUUCUGAUUACAGGCCGCGAAGCAAUGCUCCCAGGUUGUCCAGUCCAUAUAACCACUACCCAAACUCAAAUUCAUACCUGCCACCUCAGCCUUCUUAUCGACCAUCUCAGCCAACUUACCAACCACCUUAUCAAGUUUAUCAACCACCUCAGCAAAAUUACCAAUUACCUCAACAAGCUUACCAACCACCUCGCCAAAAUUACCAAAACUUUGAAAAUAACCCUAGACCCCGAAGGCAGCUUGAACAAUUUACUCAAAUACCCAUGACCUAUGCCCAAUGUUAUGAGAAGUUAUUGUCUAAUUCAGCUAUUGCACUAUCCCGGGAAGAGGACCCCAUAAUCCACCUUACCCUCCUUGGUAUAACCCUGAGGAAGCCCAAUGUGACCACUAAUCCUCUACCGGAUCAUGCCAAUGGAGAUACUAAUGCCAUUGAGGGUUCUGGUGAAUUUUGGAGGACAAUUGCAGAGGUAAUUAUGCCUUUGAGUUUGGUGCUGGAUGCUUUGGAAAAGGAGGGACUUAUUAAAAGAGAGGAGCUGGACUUGACAUUGAAAUAUGAUGGCUAUGAUGAAUUGAAGACUUGUGAAUUUCACAAAGGCAUUCGAGGACAUUCUCUGGAGAGUUGUCUUCAAUUUCAAGCAAGGGUGCAAGAUUUGAUUGAUAGCAAGAAAGUAAUAUUUGGGGUAAAGUCAGGGUGCUCAAGUGCAGUCAAUGUUAUCAGGGAUGAAUUCCAUAAGGGACCAAGGCCUGGUGGGCGGGCAAAGCCAAUUGUCUUGCAGUACUUUUUAGAGGAUCAAACGAUUGUAAAAAGUCCACUUCUUUCAAAGCCUACUUACGUGAGUGAUAAGGCUGUUCCGUGGGUAUACGAGAAAAGUGAUCCUGGGGUUGCUGUGGGUAACAUCUCAGGAGUGAGCAGGAUAACCCGAACUGGACGAGUUUACUCUCGAGAGGAGUCAAGUGACCCAGUGUCAAGAACAGAAGCCGAAAGGAAAAGGAAGGGAAAAGAUGUCGAGUUUCUAAAGAUUGUCCGUCAAAGUGAAUAUAUGGUUGUAGACCAGCUGAAAAAGACCCCAGUAAAGAUUUCCAUCCUAGAAUUAAUCAUGAGUUCGGAGCCACACCGUAAAGUGUUGUUGAGAAUGCUGAAUCAGGCCUAUAUGCCAGAAAAAAUACCGACAGAAUCUUUUGACGGGAUCGUCGAAAAUGUGCUCGCAACUCACUUCUUAUCAUUCACUGAAGAGGAGAUUCCAGAUGAAGGGAUGGGCCAUAACAAGGCGUUGCAUAUUUCUGCCAUGUGUAGGGGUUUUGAGGUGGCGAGUAUUUUGAUCGACAAUAGAUCGUCGUUGAAUAUCUUGCCAAAGGAAACUUUUGAUAGAUUGCCAAUUGAUGGAUCAUAUUUGAAGCAAGUACUAGUAGUAGCUAAAGCCUUUGAUGGAACCAGGAAGGAGAUAAUGGGGGAGAUCGAGGUCCCACUGGAGAUUGCAAAUGUGACCUUCAAUGUGCCUUUUAUGGUGAUGGAUAUAUCGCCUACUUACUGUUGCUUGUUAGGGAGGCUGUGGAUCCAUACUACUGGCGCGAAUUAUGUUGAAGAUGGGAUUCCAACCAGGAGGAGGUUUAGGCAAAGAGGAGUAGGGGAUAAAGAAGCCGAUAGCGAUUUCUUGGAAAAGGUCAAUCCGCUCAAUGCAGAGGCAAUUCCAGGGACAUUGAUCCUUAAUCUUCCUGUUGAUCAAGUUGAAAAGAGUCAAACUGGGGCAAAUUUUGGAGAGCUGUGUGAGCAGUUUGAAGAUUUUCAUGUAGCUGUUAUAGAGGAGGAUCAGAACUUUGCUGCUAAGUCUUAUUAUGUUGUCCCUCGGCCUCCAGGUUUUGAGCUCAACAACUGGACUAGUUUCGAAUUGCCAGUCCCUAUCAACAGCCUUCAAGAGUAA